AAGAGUAUCAAAACAACAAAGUGUGUUAGCCUAAGUCGCUGUAGAAUAAUUUGCACUUGAGAAAAACAAGUCCUUCAGUGAAAAGGAAACGUCAAAGAGAAUGUCACAAUCAAAUAGAAGAAAAAUUUGAUAUUUUGACACAUUACCCGUAGAAAUGGGAACGAAUGCGUCUCACUUUAGGCCCACGGAAGAAUUUUCACUCAUCAAUCGCGCAGCUGUGCCGCGUUUGUCAGGCAGAUCACAUCGUUCCUUACCGAUAGAAAAUCGUCAUGGUCAUUUGUUUGAUGUUGUUAUUCAGCUAAAACAUGAAGACAAGGACAUAUAUUCGUGUUUCUUUCCAAGUGAUGACGAUAGCGUCCUUUUAACUGCGUCCAAAGUAGAACAAACGACUUUUUUCCGCCAUAAUCGCGAAUUUUCAUCGAUAAGAUUAUGGGACCUGAAUCAGAAACAAAUCAACACUGGAUUUUUGGCUGACUUCCCUCGCUCCUUUAGGUCGUGCGAUUUUUCGCCUGAUGGCCAAUUGGUGGUUUGUAUUUUUAGCGAAGACUCUCUUGCGCUAGUGCGAAUGAGAUCCUGGAAAACUACCAGCGCUGAAGUUGUCCACAUGCGAAGAUUUUGGCGAAAGAGACGAGGAGUAUUAAUGUGUUGUUCGUUCUCCCCUGAUGGUCGAUCGCUUGUCGUAGCAUCUAAAUUGACAGGUGAUUUAAAUCAUAUCUGUAUUAUCGACAUUGCCAGCAAGAAGAUGGUCAGAAAAAUGAAAUCCGCAACAAACUCAAGCUCAAAAAUUCGCGGGCACCCGCGAUCAUGUGUAUUUUCUCCUGAUGGUUUGUUCUUAGCUGUAUCGUGCACUUCUGGACAGCUAAUUGUUUUCGACACUCAAGACUUUCACAUCCACAGUAGUCUAGACUUGGAUACUUCCACAUCGUCCACGUGUUUGUGCCUUCCAUUCCGUCACUCAAGUCGUCGCACGCUCAGUUCUCACUUACAGUGUUGGUAUUUGUUUGAUCCUCGCUAUGGACAUAAGUAUUUGACAUCAUGUCUUGAAGAUGGCACCAUUCAAACAUGGUCACUUUCUGCAGAUGAACCUGGUCUUACAUGCAUUCAACUUGCUUAUGCAUUGCAGACUCCAUGGCAGAAAAUAAGAUCUUCUGCCUUUUCCCCUGAUGGUACAAUGUUAGCAGUUGGUACUUCAGAUUCUAAGGUCUUGGCACUGAACUCAGAAAGUUUAAGUGUAUUGUUUGUCCUCAAUGCUCAUCUUCAACCAGAUGGUUUAAGAACAUGGUAUCAAAACACGGAAGUGUCUUGCCUGGCCUUUACGAGAACUUGCCAGCAGGUUGCUGCUGGUUACAAAGAUGGGCGUGUUAGGGUUUGGCAAUUGCCAUUAAUUUUAAAUCUUCAGCACAUGUGUAGAUUGGUUGUCAUAAAUCAUGUUCCCGCCCAAGAGAUUCCAGAGUUACCUCUUCCAGCACAUUUAAUCAGAUAUCUUCUGUUCUCCCCCCUGAAGCAAUUGUGAUUCAUGGAUUUUUGCAGAAGGGUACUCAUUGAAGUUAGCUUAAUUGAAACAGACAGGAAAAAAAUUGUGGCUACAUGUAUGUCAGUUCUACAUGGUGAACCUUUAAACAAUUUUUUAAGCUAAAUUGUUAUUUAUGAAAGUUUGAUUUUCUCUCUUUUUAUUCACAUUAUUAUUCAAUUUACCUUUGGACUAGUGUUGUAACUUUUAUUGAUGUUGAUAUUUAAGGCCAUCCCCCUUGGCUUGUCCAGUAACUGUCUUCAGUGUUAAUUGAUCUGUUUGGUUGAUUGGUUGUGAUCGAAAAGUAGUCUAUAUUGAAAAAAUUUUGCAGUGAGAUGUGCAAGCAUAAAGACUUCACCAUAAGCUUAGUGAACAGAAGAUUACAGAAAGAUGAAUCAUUAAUUGAGGGGGUUGUUGUUGUAUUGAUCCUUUAAACCCUGAGGGUGACCAGAAUCUAAUUUCUCCUUACAGAUCAUGUAAAUAAAGGAAAUGAUUGCCAACCUGAGGGGCUUUGAUUGUUAACUCUUUCACUCCCAAUAUCUCAUUAGAAAUUCUUCUCACUCUGACAUACAAUCCCUAUGAAGUCAGUGAGGAGAAUUUGGAUUUGGAUAAACUUAUAAUCCCCUUAUUUAUAUUUUUCUAUUCUCAUUACUUGUCUGCUUGAUAUCAUAUUAAUGUUGUUGUAUGAAGAAAUUCUGUCUUGGUCACUCAUGGGAGUUUAAGGGUUUUAAUAAGUUCUCCUCAGCAGUACCAAAGGGAAAGUUUAGAGAACAGCAUAGACCACUUUCAUAAAUGGCUGCCAGAUUAUUAUUCUUUUGUUUAAAUUUAAAUUAGCCCUUCUGGCCUU